GCUCUAAACUUCCAUAACAGUACCCCCACACUCUCUAUUCUCUAACCAACCAACUGAAACGAACUUCCAUUUUCGAAUUUCGAAUUUCGAAUUCGAAACUUUCGCCGGAGAAGUUUCCUGUCAAAAAAAUGAAGGAGAUCGCGUCGAGGAAUUUAAAGCGUAAGGCUGAGGCGACGCCGUUCACCGGGAAGAAGCUCCGGUCGACGCGUUCACGCCGGAAGAGAGCUCAGAUCUCUCCAGUUGUCGUUCAGUCACCUCUCUGGCACAAGGAAAUAGGAGUAUCUGCUGCUUCUGUCGAUUCCUGCUCCAAUUUGUUUUUCCCAGCCGAUGACAAUGUUUCCUGCGGUUCUAGCAGAGUCGAGGCGAGCUCGAAGCCGAGGAAGAAUCUAAUCGAAGAGGUAGAAGUUUCUGGACCUCUUAAAGAUGUGAAGGAGACGAUUGUUGAUUCGAAGUUUCGGAGGAUUACAAGGUCAUACUCUAAGCUAAACCAGGAGAGGGAGGGAGAAGGGAUCGAGGUAAGCGAAUCGUCCUUCACACGAUCCGACGUGACCUUUGCCGACCAUGUCUCCGAUUGCCGGAAUUUGAUUUUCGCACCGGAGAAUAAGGAGAGCGACGUCGUUUCAGUGAUUUCGGGAGUGGAGUCUUGCUCGAAAUUCGGGAGCGUAACUGGAGGAGCGGAUAACGAAGAAACUGAAAUCUCCAAACCGAGCAGAUUCGUGGAAGCUGAUUUCUCUCUGGGAUCCGCCAAGGAAUUGAAGCCGGAGCUUAAAACAGUCGGAUGCGUCUCCGAUCUCGCUUGCACAGAGAAUUUCUCGGUCGAAGAGGUUUCGGACUAUCACGAGGAUGAGUUAUCGGAGCCGUGUUCCGAAGUGUUCUCACAGUAUUCGGACCUCUAUUCCUCCGAUUACACUCCGUCAAUCUUUUUCGAUUCCGGCAGCGAAUUCUCCGAGAAGUCUAGCUCUGAUUCUCCUACUUCACAUACUCGCUCUCUGUUCCUCCAGUUCAGGGAACAGUUCUGUAGAUCCACAAUUCCGAACGAUUUCAAAUCUUCUAGCCAGGAACAAAACCGUGAAAUUCAGUCUGAACUGCUAAGGUUUGAAGAUGAGGAGGUGGAAGAGAGCUAUCAAAGGCUGAGGGAAAGAGAGAGAAGUCAUGCAUAUUUGCGGGACUGUGCUAAGGCUUACUGCUCCAGGAUGGACCAUACUGAUCUCAUCCCUCGUCUGCGCUUGAUCAUGGUUCAAUGGAUUGUGGAGCAAUGUUCUGAAACGGAGCUUCAGCAAGAGACAUUGUUUUUAGGAGUUAGUCUGUUGGAUCGAUUCCUGAGCAAAGGAUCCUUCAACAGCGAGAGGACUCUGGUACUAGUCGGGAUUGCGAGUCUUACUCUGGCCACCAGGAUUGAAGAAAAUCAACCUUACAAUAGCAUCCGGAAAAGGAACUUCUACAUCCAGAACCUAACAUACAGCCGGCAUGAGGUGGUGGCAAUGGAGUGGCUGGUUCAAGAAGUCCUCAACUUCAAAUGCUUCUCACCCACAAUCUUUAACUUCUUAUGGUUUUACCUAAAAGCUGCUCGAGCCAAUCCAGAAGUUGAAAGGAAAGCCAAAUCCUUGGCCGUUACCUCACUAUCCGAUCACACUCAGCUCUGUUUUUGGCCCUCAACUGUAGCAGCCGGACUCGUAGUUCUCGCCUGCAUCGAACACAACAAAAUCUCAGCCUACCAACGAGUCAUCAAGGUUCAUGUUAGAACAAAAGAUAACGACUUGCCCGAAUGCGUCAAGAGCCUGGAAUGGUUGCUUGGGCAGUAAGCAAUGCACAACAGCAAAAACCUCAAAACCACUGGAACACAGUAUAGUCCAAUACGAGGAACACACAGGUUAUUAUUACAAUUACAAAUCAAAUAUAAGGUAUAUAAUAAGUACACUCUCUACAGAUUAAUAUACUUAAUCUCUGGACUUGAUUAGCUCUUGGCAGACUAUACCAACUAUUAGGCCACCAUUUGUGUCGCCACACACAUUUAUUGCUUAUUUUCCUCAAUUCAUUAUACUCCCACUUUCUUUAAACUUUUUUACUCGGUUCAGUAAAUUUCUCUUUUUUUACGUCUGGAAGAUUUAUUCUAUUUUUCUAAUGGAACGGAGGAUGCCAUUUUCCUCUGGUCUCCACUGCACUGUUUUUUAUAUUGGUCAUUAAAAUAAAGUUUCAGUUUCUUCGAG